AGCUAGGGCAGGUUUUGUUCCCCAGCAACUGGCCUGAUUCAACCUCUCCAAAAAUAGACAUUUAACUCUCUGCACUCCUGUUUAAGGAUGUAAUUCGUUUUGUUCAUUCCUCAUUUUCAAGGUUCAAAAGCAAGCAGGAGGAUUCCAAGGUCCCACCGCCUCACAGCCAAUGAGGGGCCUGGGAGGGAGGAGCCUGGUGCAGCUAGAGCUUCUGAGGGAAUCGUCCCCGGCAGAUGCAGUGGAAUCAGCUCUGCUGCAUCCGUCACCACGGCAGGACAGCAUAAUAAAUCAAAACAAAAGGUUGAGGAGAAACGCUGCAGACUAUGAGAUGCUGUAGGGCUUUCUGAAACAUUUGCUGGGGGUUCCCGCGGAGCAUGAUCUUUUAAAAGGAAUCCUUUUUAAAGAAGCCGGGUUGGGUAACUGGGAAAAUGAUACAUAUGCUAAAUGCAGCAGCUGAUCGAGUGAAAUGGGCCAGAUCCGGUGCUGUUAAAAGGGCUGCCUGCCUGGUGGCUGCAGCAUUUGCUCUGAAAACCCUCUAUCCCGUCAUUGGCAAACGUUUAAAGCAAUCUGCCCACAGGAAGAGCAAAGAAGAAGCUUACAGGGCUGCUGCGGGGAGCAGAGAAAUACUGCAUUGCACCGAGACCAUUUGUAAAAACUCUGCGCCUGGAGUAAAUGCAGAUUUUUUCAAACAGCUUCUGCAACUUCGGAAGAUUCUUUUUCCAAAAUUUGUGACCACUGAAACAGGGUGGCUCUGCCUCCACUCGGUGGCUCUCAUCUCAAGAACCUUUCUGUCUAUCUAUGUGGCCGGUCUGGAUGGAAAGAUAGUGAAAAGCAUUGUGGAAAAGAAGCCUCGGGCUUUCGUCAUCAAAUUAAUCAAGUGGCUCAUGAUUGCCAUUCCUGCCACCUUCGUCAACAGUGCAAUAAGAUACCUGGAGUGCAAAUUGGCUCUGGCCUUCAGAACGCGCCUAGUAGACCACGCCUAUGAAACCUAUUUUACAGAUCAGACUUAUUAUAAGGUGAUCAAUAUGGACGGGAGGCUGGCGAAUCCUGACCAGUCUCUUACUGAUGAUAUUAUGAUUUUCUCCCAAUCUGUGGCUCACUUGUAUUCCAAUCUGACCAAACCUAUUUUAGAUGUAAUCCUAACCUCCUAUACACUCAUCCAGACUGCUAUGUCCAGAGGAGCAAGCCCAAUUGAGCCCACACUAUUAGCAGGACUUGUGGUGUAUGCUACUGCCAGAGUGUUGAAAGCCUGCUCUCCCAAAUUUGGUAAAUUAGUAGCCGAAGAAGCUCAUAGAAAAGGCUACUUGCGGUAUGUGCACUCCAGAAUUAUAGCCAAUGUGGAAGAAAUUGCCUUUUACAGAGGACAUAAGGUAGAAAUGAAGCAACUCCAGAAAAGUUACAAAGCUUUAGCAGAUCAAAUGAACCUUAUUUUGUCCAAACGUUUGUGGUAUAUCAUGAUAGAGCAGUUCUUGAUGAAGUAUGUUUGGAGCAGCUGUGGACUAAUUAUGGUGGCUAUACCUAUUAUCACUGCAACUGGCUUUGCAGAUGGUGAGGAUGGCCAGAAACAAGCCAUGGUUAGUGAUCGGACAGAAGCCUUUACUACUGCUCGAAAUUUAUUGGCCUCUGGAGCUGAUGCUAUUGAAAGGAUUAUGUCUUCAUACAAAGAGGUCACUGAAUUAGCAGGCUAUACUGCUCGAGUGUACAAUAUGUUUUGGGUGUUUGAUGAAGUAAAAAGAGGUAUUUAUAAAAGAAAUGCUGCUGUUCAAGAGCCUGAAAUCCAAAGCAAGAAUGGAGCUAACAUAGAAUUACCCUUCAGUGAUGCACUGGAAAUUAAAGGAAAGGUUAUUGAUGUGGAUCAUGGAAUUAUUUGUGAAAAUGUUCCCAUAAUUACACCAGCGGGAGAAGUGGUGGCUUCCCGGCUAAACUUCAAAGUACAAGAAGGAAUGCAUCUGUUGAUAACUGGUCCAAAUGGUUGUGGGAAAAGUUCUCUCUUCAGAAUCUUAAGUGGGCUCUGGCCUGUGUAUGAAGGAGUCCUCUAUAAACCACCUCCUCAACAUAUGUUCUAUAUUCCACAAAGGCCCUAUAUGUCUCUCGGAAGUCUUCGGGACCAAGUCAUUUAUCCUGACUCAGUGGAUGACAUGCAUAAUAAAGGUUACACAGACCAAGAUUUGGAAUGCAUUCUUCAUAACGUCCAUCUCUACCACAUAGUUCAAAGAGAAGGAGGUUGGGAUGCAGUUAUGGACUGGAAAGAUGUCCUGUCAGGAGGGGAGAAGCAAAGAAUGGGCAUGGCUCGGAUGUUUUAUCAUAAACCAAAGUAUGCAUUGCUCGAUGAAUGUACCAGUGCUGUCAGCAUCGAUGUUGAAGGGAAGAUAUUUCAGGCUGCAGUAGGGGCUGGGAUAUCCUUACUGUCUAUAACACACAGGCCUUCUCUUUGGAAAUACCACACUCAUUUAUUACAAUUUGAUGGUGAAGGAGGCUGGCGCUUUGAGCAAUUGGAUACUGCUAUCCGUUUAACAUUGAGUGAAGAAAAACAAAAGCUAGAAUCUCAGCUAGCCGGAAUUCCCAAAAUGCAGCAGAGACUCAAUGAACUAUGUAAAAUUUUGGGAGAAGACUCAGUGCUGAAAACAAUCAAAAAUGAAGAUGAGGCAUCCUAACUUGCUUUGACAUGUUUUAAAAGUUAAUUUUUAGGUAAAGGCUCAGAGACACUCUAUUAUAGUGCAUGCAGUGUGUUAAGCUAAGCACAGAGAAAACUAAAGCCAGCAAGAAAUCUUUUAUAUGUCUUAGCAGUAAGGAAGCAUAUGAUAACUUUUUAGAAGAAAAUAAACAAAUGUAUUAUGUAAAAUUAGUCAUUGUGGCUUAUACUAAUACCUAGUGAAAGCCUAAGUCACCUGUAAAACAGGAUUUUCUAGGUGAAUUCAUGGUGAAUACCAGAUUACUGUAUAUGUGACGUGUCAGAGGUUCUUAGUAUGGAUGAUAUCUUGGAAAUGAAACAACUUAAAAGGUUGAUAUCAGGUACAUAAAUCAGAACUUCGACUACCAUUUCAGCCCAUUUAUGAUUGAUAUUGGGUUUAAUAGCUAUAAUUCAUAUUCAUCAUUGCUAGUGGCCAUUAAACUUGUAUACAAAAUAGCUGACCGUUUGAUAAAUAAUUUAAAUAUGAAAAAAUUAUUUUAAUUAUAGUGGUUGAAAGAAAAAGCAUGUCUAACCACGUGUAAAAUGCCAUACUUAAAAUUUUUAGACUCCCAGAAUCUUAAUGCAAGCAUAAAAUUUCAGUGAGAAAAUUGUACCUUUGUUAAUAAAUGCUUUCAUUUUUAAAAGAGAACUGUCAAAAACGAAAAGGAGCAUUCAAAAAAUGUUUGUAUCAGCUUGCUACUUUACUUGGCGGCAUUAGCUAUUGUAACUUCUGUACAAUUUGUUUUUGAGCCCAAAGGAGGAGUCUAUAUUUAAAAAAUUAGUGCUAUAAUAAAUACGAAGAUUCUGAAAAUCACAGUAAUAUUAGCAUACAUUGGAAUAGUACUUUAAUAUUUACAAUCCCCACUUAGAAAAUGUCAUUUUAAUCUUUUUAGCUGUCUUUUGAGACAGAUACUACUUUUCCUACUUUGCUUUUGAGAAAAUUGACAAUCAGGUUUACUCUAAUCAUGUACUUUAUUUAGAAGAGAUCUUGGGGUCAAGUGAAGUUCUCCUGACUCUGACAUAGUGCU